AUGUCGCUAACAAAAGAAAACAUUCAAAAGUUUUGUGAAAGCCAGCCAAAACAAGAAUAGUAAGAAACAAAGAGUCAAUAUGAUUUAUCUGAUUACCAAAGUGAAUUUUCUUUGAUGUCAAAUUUGACAGCAUAAUUCACAAAUGAGCAAAAUCGCCAAAAAGCUAAAAUUCUUAACAAAAAAAUGCUAUACAAAAAGCUAGAGGAUUUCCAUAAAUAAACAUUUCAUACUUUGCUUCAAAAAAAAGGGAAAUAGUGUCACGUUUGCUCUUCAGAAUAGUGUAAGCUAGGUAAGAUGAAUAAAUUACCUACUGUCUAGAUGAUGUUUGCAAAUGUAUUUGUUACUUCAAAACUAUUCUUAAGCAGCAAAAAAACAGUAUCUCAUUUCGUAAACCAAAAGUCACUAAAUAAAAUGUGA